AUGUAUCAGGGAAUUUAUCAACUGUAAGAGAGUUGAAGGACAAAACUGAAAACAUUCGUAAUUCUUACAGAAACAUCAGUUAGUUAUGAUUUAAUCUGAUGAUGGCGAAAUGUGGAAAGGUGGUACAGUUGCGAGCUUAAUUCAAAUUACUGUUUGUCUCCUCGAUUUUCCUAUUUUUGUAUCUACGGAACGUUUUAGGGAGGUGAGUAUUUUGCAAGAAUUGGCAUUCUACUGCAAACGUGCUCUGUUGCCCAGACAUGCAACGGGCCGGGCUCAUCGAAAAAUCCAGAAAAGCCCGGCCGGCCCAGAAUUCCCUGAAAAGCAAGGAAAUUUGUUCUGACGAAUAGAUUUUUUUCCAACUUUCGUAAUCUAAACCGAGUUCCUAAUCUAGCUAGAUGAAAAUUAAAUCUAGCUAGAUUAGACCGAAAGGUAAAUCUAAUUAGAUGAAUUUUGAAUCUAAUAUCAGUGUUUUUGCUAGAAAAAAAAUUUAAUUAGAAACAUUUUUCUUUGUCAAUCUAAUUAGAACAUUUAUUAGUCUUGUUAGAAAAAUUUGCAAUCUUAUCGCAGUAAAUUAGCAAUCUAACUAGGUCCGGUUAGAAACGCGAAUUAGCUAGCUAGAUUAGAAACGGUUUCCCUGAGCAGUAACCGCCAAGCUUCCAAUUUUUCUUCGGAAAUGAUCUGAGAAAUCGAACAUAGAGAACUCUGUUUUUUUAUAAAGUUCAAUUUUACUGUGUUCUUCAAAAGGAGCCAGGUUAGAGGUAAAUGUAAAGUUUUUGUGGGAGGUUACAGCUUCACAAUUUUCUGUCCCCUGUAGGUUUUGCCGACCCUUGACUGGGUGUCCUUCUAUUAGAGGUGCCCUUCUAUGACAGUACUUACGGUAGCUAUAUAAUUUAAAAAAUAGCAACUACUGGGCAUACUAGAGACCCGCAACUAUAGCGAAAACAACGUCGUGCUCGACACUCCGUGUAAGCCCCCAGGAAAAAUAUUUUACAGGUCUCAGCUGUGAAUCCCGUUCAUCUCGUGAUUCCAUUGCCGGACAAUGACGACUUCAGUAAUGGAAAAAAUCCAUUCCUGUUUUCUUCGCACAAAGUUAAACCUUUAGCAGAUUUAGCGUUGGAGAGAGUAUACAGGGAAAGGUAACAUUCUACAUUCGAAUCGAGAGUUGGCAGCCCGCACACUUUAUUUUACAUCGUUUUUCCCUGUAUUUUUCUAGCUAGAAUCAGUUUAGCAGACGCGCUCCAUUGAAAUCACACCCGUCGCGUGCGCUGCGACGCGGUUGGCGCUAUGCCAAGUUUUCAAUUUCAAUUAGAAAAAGGUGACUGAGUCGCUACGCAGCUAAUUGUGAAAACGACGGGAAAUUUUGAAUGAGUUCGGCCGCGUAGUUUUUGGAACCCCGUGUCUAGAGCAGCAAGCGGUACCUGCGUUUCGCCAUUUACUUUUUUAAUUCCAGGAUCUUGCCGAAUAACUCUAUAAAUUUAAUCUAUCGUAAUUCGAAAUUGUCUGACGCUAUCGGACCUAAUGUAGCUGUCGAACAACUUUUGGAGGUAACAUCAGAGCACAUGUACAAUACACAAGACUGUAAACCUGAGCCUGCUGCGCGAUGUCGACUUCAGUUUUGCUGAUUUUUCUCGACUUUUCGACAAACUCUCAAGUCGACACUUCGCUCUACUUAUUAAUAUAACUCUUCACGGGUUUGUCCCUCUGUUUGUCUCUUUGUUUAUUUCUCUGUUUAUUUCUCUGUUUGUCCAUCCCCACUUCAUUUCUAAAACAAAAAAUUGUGACGGAGAAGUUGAGAAAUAAACACGUGAAUUUCCUAACGGAUCUGAAAAUCCAACAAGCGGCGUAGCCGCUUUCGAGCGCGCAGCGGGCCCCGGUUUCAAAAGUCUUAUAAAAAUAAAUCUUUUUUUUUCAUUUCUAAAACAGGAUAAGUUGUAACGGAGAAAUUAAGAAAUUAACACGUGGACUUUCAAACGGUUCGGAGAAUCAAAUAAGAGGCUAAGCCGCUUCCGAGCGUGAGCUCUGCCCACGCAGCAGGCCCUGGUUCCAAAUGUCUUGUAAAUAAAUAAAUAAAUAAACAAAAGGACAGACCCCAUAAGACUUUUAUUAAUAAGAAUGAUGGGGGAAUUUAUCUGCAAUCGCGCUCUGUUCCUAAUCUGGCCGAGAUUUCCUGCAACAGGUCUCAACAAACGGUUAUGGGGCUAUUUGAUGUAUUAUGGCGGUAUUUGACUGCAAUCGCGGUCCACCGCAAUCCCACGAAAACCCGGCCACGACCGCGACCUUUUCCAAUUUAUGCCCUGUCCAAAGUCAAAAAAUCUGUGAAAUCGAAUUGAAAUUGAAAUUCUACAGAAUCUGUGAAAUCGAAUUUAAAUUGAAAUUCUACAGAAAAAAGGGGUGCGCACAGCUGAAACGAAUGUCGCCGUAUACGGUAUACCAUAAAACUACGGUAUUUUUUGAAAAAGUUUAAAUUUAGUGAGAAUAUUUGAAAAUAUUCAAAUUUUUUUGGGCAAAUUUUCAAAAAAUGGUAUAUGGUAUACGGUGAGAUUCGUUCAGCUGUGUGCACCCCGUUUUUCAAGAAAAUCCAGACUUGCCAAAUCCCGGGCCGGCCCGGUCGGCCCGGCUCCGCCCACUCUUGAGAAAAUUUUCGUAAUUUUUGUGAAAAUUUUGCGACUUUAAACAGCAAUUUCUAUUUUUUAACAGGUUUUUAUGCUAUAACAUUGCCUUUUUAAGUCUAUAAAAUUUUAAGUCUAUAAAAUUAUGUUCGUUUCGAAGUUCUAGUUCGCUUUGAAUUUUUAGGUGCAUCCUCCCGGGCCGGCCGGGCCGGGCCGGAAAAUUUCCAAUUUUGGCCCGGCCCGGCCCGGCCCGUUGCAAGUCUGAGAAAAUCUCUGCCGACUUUGGACAGCGAAAACACUAUGGAUUUCGUGAUUAUUGUGACUUUGGACGCCCACGGCCCGACUUUUGAUACAUAGGACUUUCGGUUUUUUCAAUAUAUCUCCAGAAAUCGAACAUAUAGACCUCUGAUUUUUUGAUAAGAGUUCAAUUUUACUGGGUUCUUCAAAAUGAGCCAGGUCAGAGGUAAAUGUAAGGUUUCUGAGAGAAGUUACAGCUUCAUAAUUUCCACUUCUCCGUAUGCUUUGCCAGCCCGUAUCCAAACAGUUGGGACGGGGACGAAGGAAACCACGAGACGGGGGGACAUGCUGUACUGGGUAUCAUGAGUCAGGAAAAAGAGAUGGCCCCUAUUCCAUUUCCUUUUCCAUUUCCUUGGUACCACGAGACGGGACCACCCCGUCCCAAGCCGUUUGGAUACCUGUUCUAGCUCAGGUAAAUUGUUUGUAAUCUAGCUAGCUAAUUCGCCUUUCUAACCGGACCUAAUUAAAUUGCUAAUUUACUGCGAUUAGAUUGCAAAUUUUUCUAACUGGACUGAUAAAUUUUCUAAUUAGAUUAGCGAUGCUAAUUAGAUUGCAAAAACACUGAUAUUACAUUUAAAAUUUAUCUAAUUAGAUUCAAAUUUCGGGAAAACCUAUCAUCACUUCACCGCUCCUGCCCCCUUAGAAAAGCCCGCGAAGUUCAAAUGGGGCCCCGCCCCUUCAGCGUUCAAUUCUUGCAAGUAGCGCGCGCAGUUUUCGCAACGGUGCCGCACGCAUUUUGCUCUUCAGUUCGACAGUGAAAAAACAAGUUAAAAAACAUUUGUUGUCGGUUUUUAGUGUUUUCUUUCUGAGAAGAAGAUGCAACAAGGCGAAAGAAUAGGUUUUGAUAACAAAAAAAUAAUUUUCUGCUUUAAUUUUCAAGUAUUAGUGUUCAGAUCAAUGUGUGCGGCAGCGUUGCGAAGACUCAGAGUGAGCUCUCGAGACCAAAUCAACAAAAUUGGCGAGACUCUCGGUAACCGAGAAGUGUGAAGACUUCUCGUUCUCGGUACCGAGAAGUCUUUAGACUACCGAGAAGUCUCGGUACCGAAGACUUCUCGCCACCGAGAAAUCCGAGAAAUUACGAGAAGUCUGUGUUGAAGGGCUUUUCAGCCUGAAACAGACUGAAACCGCUUUUUUUGUGGAAAUAAAUGUUUUUAUUUAAUUUAAAAAAUUAAACAAUUAAACAAUUAAACAACAAAAUAAAAAGCAGAAAAAUUAAACAACAAAUUUAAAUGUAAAAAAAUUAUUUAGAAAGAAAUAAAAUUAAUUAAAAAUACAUUUUAAGUUGUUUUUUAAUUUUUUAAUUUUUUAAAUUAAAAGAAAACAUUUCGUUCCACAAAAAAAGCAGUUUCAGCCCUUCAACACAGACUUCUCGUAAUUUCUCGAUGGCGAGAAGUCUUCAGACUACCGAGAAGUCUCGGUACCGAAAACUUCUCGGUACCGAGAAGUAUUGAUACUUCUCGUUCCCGGGAACGACAAGUCUUCACACUUCUCGGUACCGACGCUUCUCGGGAAGUUCUCCCAUUACUUUUCCCGGCAAUUCCCGGGACUUCAAUCUCGGCAGCUCACCCUGCGAAGACUGCGCGCGCUACUUGCAAGAAUUGAACGAUGAAGGGGCGGGGCCCCAUUUGAACUUCGCGGGCUUCUCAGGGGGCAGGAGCGGUGAAGUGAUGAUAGUACUACUGUUUUUGUCAAUACAUUUUUGUAAAAACUUUGCGUUAUUUUCAUUAUACUCAAUUCAUCGCUAUUGCCCCCUCGUUGUUUGCUUACUCAAGCCUAAUUUUAGAAAUUUUGGCUUGAGUCUGCAAACACCGCGCUGUUCGCAAUCUGGCCGAACUUUCUAGGCCACGAUGUAAUUUUCCACUGAAAACGUGACCUAACUUUUCAAACUCGGCCUCGAGGUCGCUCAAUUUGCACUGCAAAAAGAGUUUCUCAACAGAGCGCCAUUUCUGUGCGGUGCCCCUAUAAUGCCACGUCCAAUGUCUCGGAAAAACCGUAAAAACCACAGGUUUUUCUGUCCAAAGUCGGCCGAAAUUUGCGUGAAAAACGGGGGUGCGCACAGCUCAAUGAGUGUAACCGUACCCCUAAAACUACGGUAUUUUUUGAAAAUUUGCGCAAGAAAUUUGAAUAUUUUCAAAUAACCUCAAGAAAUUAACAAAUAGAUUAUGUUUAGAUUUCAAAAUCAGCUAGCUAGAUUCAGAAAUCUGUAGCAAUCUAACUAGGUCCGGUUAGAAACGAGAAUUAGCUAGUUAGAUUAGAAACGAUUUGCCUGAGAGUGUCGUACCUUAUUUUCAACAGUAGAUGCAUUCUUGCUAAUUUUUUAAGAGAAAAAUCGAUUGCAUCAUCGGCUAUGCAUAUGGGUAUGCGCUAGCGCCAGUUGCGCGUAUGUCGCCAUAUUGGAAAAAUGGAAUCCCAAUAAUUACCCCUAUCGGUUUAACAAUGAGCCUAGAUGACAAGAAAGAAUAUCAGCUGAUGACAAGAAUAAACAGUCCCUACAAAGUGAGUUUUAUAGUUUCUCCUUAUUUUUCAUGCCCACAUUUAGGUCGUUUCAAGUGCUGUUUCUUCCCUUUUUAAAAGUUAUAACUGGAAACGACAUAUUUUCAUGUUUCAUCACGCCAAAAGCCCGACGAUUGCUGUUGGCGAAUGUUUUCUAUUAAUGGCUAGUUUGCAGCAUCCGCUUCGCAACGUGAGUUAGUAGAAGUUCUGAAGUUCUACUGUAGAACGGCAUGAUUUUGGCAACCCGGCUCCGCCAUUCCUAUUUGCGUGCUGUCGCGCGGUGUACUACGCUUCUUACUUUCAAUCUAUCCGGUAGUUAAAAAUCUAUCCGUUAUACAAAAAUGCUGGUAGUCGAAAAUCCGGGUAGUCACACACAGGUGAUUCACGAUCGCUCUAUUGAGAACGUGGACCUGUGAUAGGCCUAUAAUAUGCCUAUCCCGAAUAAAAAGUUCGCCGAUAGACGCAGUGUAGGCAGUGGGGCGCACUCUUUUGAAAUAGACUCUUCGAUUGCAAUCGAAUUUCCAGAGUUAUGAUCAUAAUCUCGAUAUCGAACGUUCGCGAUUGGUCCACAAUGGGCGUUCGCGAUAGGUCUAUAAUGCGUGAAAUUUUCGUGGUCGGCCUAUAAUGUGCCUAUUCAAGGACCUGCUCCGAGUUCUCUGUAGACACAUCCGCGAACUUGUAAUAGACCCGUCGCGAAUCACCUGUGCAUAAAUCUAUUUGGGGAGUCUCUGUUCCUAUCUAAUUUUGACGCAAAAAUCGGAAAUUUUUUUUUUCAUACGCUGAAUAACCCCAUAAGCGUAAAACUUUCUUGAAUUGCUGAAUUUCUCUGAUUGUAAAUUUUGCAAAUUUGAUAACAUUUCAUAAUUAGAUGCAAAAUUAGCUCCUUCUGCUAUUCGAAUCUAAAGAAUACAAAACGUUUUUAAUUAGAAUCGAAAUCUAAUUAUUAGAUGUAAAAAUUGAUCUAAUGGCAAUUAGAUUCUAACGCUUUUUCUAGUUAAAUUGCAAAUGAUUUACCAGAGAAGAGUUCUGAUUCAUUCGAGCUAGGCUGGUCGAACAGGCGAUUUCAGGCGCCUGCGCCUGUUUUUUCAGACGCCUGUUCGACCAGCCUAAUUCGAGCUGAUUUUCGGAAACGUAAUCAUUAUGGCCAAUUCUAACAAAGAGCGCAUGAGAAGCUAUUUAAGAGAAAAGGUAUUUUUAGUUUUUUGUUCAGCCGGCCGGCGAACUCGGCAAAAACCGUGGCCUAGUUUCCAUGCCGCGACCCCGGACCAAAUAGACUAGAAUUUACCCUCGCAAAGAAUCACCGUGACCGAGUGAUAAACAAUAUUUGAAGUACGUUUUCAGAUAAUUGAAAUGCAACACAACUUCUUUACUUUUAAUGAAGACAGUGGAGGAAAUGCAACAGUCGAAAGUCGUCAAAAUCAGUUCAGGACUUUUCUGAGAUCCAGCAGUUACAUAGCAAAAGGCGAGUGA